GCGCGCCACCCCCGCCGCGCCGCGCACCCGCCCUUGCUAUCAGGCGCCUUCCGCCCCCCGCAUUGCUGAUGCUGCUGCUGGCCGACAUGGACGUGGUAAAUCAGCUUGUGGCCGGGGGUCAGUUCCGGGUGGUCAAGGAGCCUCUGGGCUUCGUGAAGGUGCUGCAAUGGGUCUUUGCCAUCUUCGCCUUUGCCACAUGCGGCAGUUACAGUGGGGAGCUCCAGCUGAGUGUGGAGUGUGCCAACAAGACUGACAGUGACCUCAACAUCGAGGUUGAAUUCGAGUACCCCUUCAGGCUGCACCAAGUGUACUUUGAUGCACCCACCUGCCGAGGGGGCACUACCAAAGUAUUCCUAGUGGGGGACUAUUCCUCAUCGGCUGAAUUUUUUGUCACGGUGGCUGUGUUUGCCUUCCUGUACUCCAUGGGGGCUCUAGCCACCUACAUCUUCCUGCAGAACAAGUACCGAGAGAACAACAAAGGGCCCAUGCUGGACUUCCUGGCCACAGCAGUGUUUGCCUUCAUGUGGCUAGUUAGUUCAUCAGCAUGGGCCAAGGGGCUGUCAGAUGUAAAGAUGGCCACAGAUCCAGAGAACAUUAUCAAGGAGAUGUCUGCCUGCCGCCAGACAGGGAAUACAUGCAAGGAGCUAAGGGACCCUGUGACGUCUGGCCUCAACACCUCUGUGGUGUUCGGCUUUCUGAACUUGGUGCUGUGGGUCGGCAAUCUGUGGUUCGUGUUCAAGGAGACAGGCUGGGCAGCCCCAUUCCUGCGCGCAUCUCCCGGCGCCCCCGAGAAGCAACAGGCGCCCGGCGACGCCUACGGCGAGGCGGGCUAUGGGCAGGGCCCCGGUGGGUACGGGCCCCAGGACUCCUACGGGCCCCAGGGUGGCUACCAGCCCGAUUACGGGCAGCCUGCCGGCGGCGGCGGCAACAGCGGCGGCGGCAGUAGCAGCAGCAACUACGGGCCUCAGGGCGACUACGGGCAGCAAGGCUAUGGCCCUCAGGGUGCGCCCACCUCCUUCUCCAAUCAGAUGUAGUCUGGUCUUUGCAGCCUGGGAGGACCCCAUGAGUAGGCAAGAGCUCAGGAGAAGGCCUGCCCCCCUUCCCACCCUAUACCCCACAUCUCCACCCCUCAAGCCAGGAGACUCUGUCUUUGCUGUUUUAUAUAUAUAUA